AUGCGAGUCGCCGCCUCCCUUGGCCGGGCAUGCACUGGCUUCAGCAGUCGACCCGUCCGGCCUCAGGUCCUGCGGCACAUACAGUGCAGCAUACGAAGCGGCCGACCGACAAAGUCAUUCUCGAUAUUACGCACUGCGCGCAACACCUUCCGAGCGCCACCCGCGCCAGUCAAAGGAGGAAGUCUGCUCCUCGCAGCACUCAGUCCCGCCGCAUUCAUACACAUCGCCGAGGACGAUGAUAAUGGAGGUGGCCUCACGCACGAGGAGCAUAUGCUCCAGCUCUCACGACAGGAAUUGGCAGAGCAGGUGCCCGAUCGCUUGGAAUACAGCACAAAGUUCAGAAGGAGUAUUUGGAGAUUUGUGGAUACAUGGAUUGUGGAGCCUUUGGCCACAGCAUUGCGCUUCUUACAUCUGGUCAUCAUCUUUGUGCCAGUCAUUGCAACCAUGCCCGUCAUAUGCUUCGGCGGACGGCAACACGAUCGAGACGACCAGAGGAGCGGCACGUUAUGGUGGUAUGGCUUCCUCGUGUCCAGCAUGGAAAGAGCGGGGCCAGCGUUCAUCAAGCUGGGACAGUGGGCGGCCAGCAGAACAGAUGUCUUUCCAAAGGCAAUGUGCAGUGUCAUGGGCGCGUUACACAGCAAUGCGCCAGCACACAGCUUAAAGGUCACGAAAGAGACGAUAGAGAGAAGCUUCGGCAUGCGCUUCGAGCUCAUCUUUGAGGAGUUCAGCGAGAAGCCACUGGGUGUCGGCGCAAUCGCACAAGUCUACAAAGCGAAGCUCAAGCCAGACCUGGCUGUCAGCAAUCCUGAUCAGUACGAUGCGGGCGAAGAGCACCCCACACUGCGAGAAAGAGCAUUGAAGUCGGUGGAUCCGCUAUUGAAGAGCACACCGCAGCGGAUACCCAGCACAUAUGUCGCGAUCAAGGUCCUUCACCCGAAGAUUGAAAGGAUAGUCAGGCGAGAUCUGAAGAUCAUGGGCUUCUUCGCGAACAUCAUCAAUGCGAUACCGACCAUGGAGUGGCUGUCAUUCCCGGAUGAGGUGCAGCAGUUUGGCGAGAUGAUGCGACUGCAACUCGAUCUUCGGAUAGAAGCUGCGAACUUGACACUGUUCAGGAAGAACUUCAGGAAUCGCCCUACAGCUUGGUUUCCGUACCCUUACACGCAGUACACAUCUCGACAAGUGCUGGUAGAAGAGUUCGCUACCGGUAUCCCACUCGAACACUUCCUUGAGAAUGGCGGCGGUAUCUUCCAAAAGGAGAUUGCAGAUGAGGGACUAGACGCAUUCCUGCACAUGCUUCUGCUCGACAACUUCAUUCAUGCCGACUUGCAUCCCGGAAACAUCAUGGUUCGCUUCUACAAGCCCGUCCCGCUGCGAGGUGAGGCAAAGUUCAGCGCGUUUAAAAGGAUAAUCAAGAACACUCCCAAGGACGACGUCGAAGGUUCUGAAGAUGUGACUGAAGACGUCCUAGCACGCCUUCGCCCUCAUCGACAUGAUAAAUCAUCAUGGCUUGAGACCUUGCAGAAAAUUGACGAGGAAAACUACACACCGCAACUCAUCUUCAUUGAUACUGGUCUGGUGACAGAACUCAACGAAACGAACCGAGCAAACUUCCUAGCUCUCUUCAAGGCUGUUGCCGAGUUCGACGGCUACAAAGCUGGCCACCUGAUGGUCGAGAGAUGCAGACAACCCGAUGCGGUCAUCGACAAAGAGGUCUUCGCACUCAGGAUGCAGCAUCUUGUACUUGGUGUGAAGAGCAAGACUUUCGCCUUGGGCAACAUCAAAAUCGGCGAUAUCCUGAACGAAGUCCUUGACAUGGUCCGAGGUCACCACGUCAGACUUGAAGGUGACUUCAUUAACGUUGUCCUCUCGAUCCUUCUGCUAGAAGGUAUUGGGCGGACUUUGGACCCUAGCAUGGAUCUAUUCUCAGGGGCACUGCCUAUUCUUCGACAGCUCGGCGCGCAGAAUGCAAAGGGCGGAUUGAAGAGCUUACAGUCUGGAGAUCUCUCCAUGAUCAAGGUCUGGGCGGGUCUCGAGGCGAGGAAGUUCUUGCAGGCGAGUAUCGAGAGUGUGGAGAUGUGCGUCAAGUAUGAUCAGUUGUCGCCUAACAUUUAG